AUGGGUCCAGCAAUGUCAAUCCUUUUAUAUCAUAAUCUUGCAAAACGACAUCAUAUUCGUCUAAUUUCGGUGGAUAGACCUGGCUAUAAUGAUAGUGACGAUAUUUAUUCACGAUCUGGUGUUCCAGACUUAUUUGAAUUUGCUGAUAUGAUCAACGAAUUGACUUUGAUAUUAAAAAUGUGGCAAUUUGGUAUGGCUACUUUUUCACUUGGCGCCGUUUACGGUUUGGCUUAUUCACUUAAUUUCCCUGAGAGAAUUAAAGGUCCGAUAUUUACGAUUAGUCCUUGGGUUGUGAUUAGUACAAUAUCUCCAGGUCGUAGUUAUAUACACAAAAAGAUUUAUCAAAAUGGUUUAUGGAAUUUACAAAAUCGUACUGGUGCACAUAUUGAUGCUAUGGUAGCAUUAGAAAAAGUUGAUUGGGGCUAUAAAUAUGAAGAUACUACACAUCCGAUUCAAGCUUAUGUAGGUGAAGAAGAUGAAAAUGUUCCGUUACAAGCUUGGACAUAUAUGAGUAAUAGAAUGGAUAAUUUAAAAUUAAACGUUGUUAAAGAUGGUGGUCAUUAUUUGUUAUAUAGAAUGGAUUUCAUGGAAGAGUUAUUUACAACAAUUGAGUCCACUGUCAAUUCAUAA